GGCCUUUCUCGAUAACUUGCUGGAACAAACAGCAGUUUUAUCAUUGCAAAGAUGAGGGCCAGACUAGCAAUAACUGUUCUUAAUACAGUAAAACGAUGUUAUCAUUCACAGGAGGGUUGCAAAGUAGGGCUUUUAGGGGUCCCUUUCGAAAAAGGACAAACUAAAAAAGGUGUAGCCGCUGGCCCGGAAGCAAUAAGAAAACUGGGCUUAGUGGAAAGACUCGAGGAAAUCGAAGGAAAACUUGAUAUCAAAGAUUACGGCGAUGUGUGUUACAAAAUCGCAACUGAUCUAAAAGAGAAAGAUGUGCCGAAUAUGAAGGAAUAUGCCCACAUAGCGGCUUGCAACCAACAAGUAUCGAAGACAGUGGAAAAAAUCAUAAAUGAAGGGCGAAUCUGUGUCACAUUAGGCGGAGAUCACUCGCUCGGUGUUGGAACGGUGGAUGGUCACAUAAAGGCCAAAGGCGAAAAUAUUUGCGUUUUGUGGAUAGACGCGCAUCCGGAUUUAAACACGAACAAAACAUCCAGCACUGGAAAUGUCCAUGGAAUGCCUAUGGCCUUGCUAGCCAAGGAAUUGUCUGAUUAUUGGCCCUAUUUACCAGGAAUGGACUGGCAAAAGCCGGUGAUUUCUUUAAGACAUAUUGCCUACAUUGGACUGAGAUCUGUCGACUCUUACGAGCGAUUAGUUAUUGAUAAGCUUGGUAUCAAUGCAUUUGGAAUGGAAGAUAUCGAAAAUUAUGGCAUUCGAACCAUCGUCGAUAUGGCUUUGAAUAAAAUAGACCCCGAAAGCAACAAAUCCAUACAUGUUAGUUUUGAUAUCGAUUCCCUGGAUUCUUUGGAAGCGCCAAGUACUGGAACAUCAGUUAGAGGAGGGAUGACUCUGAGGGAAGGAAUCCAGCUAAUGGAAAUUAUACACCAAACAUGUAGAUUAGGAGCUUUGGAUGUAGUCGAGGUAAAUCCGAGCAUUGGAAGCGAAGCGGAUGUAAAACGAACAGUGGACGCAGCUAUUCAUGUUAUCGCAGCAGCUUUAGGACAUUCCAGACGGGGUCUCAGCCCCAGAUCAGGAGUCCUGCCCCUGCAAACCUUCCCUCCCAAGUACCAAGAGAUUUGAACUAUCUGUUUCGCUUAAAAUAAUUUAUUUACAAUAGAAGUACAUUUCGAAUUGC